AUGGCUCUAUACAUUAUUCUCCCUAUAACCAUUAUUUGUUUCACUCUGCUCCCAGGGUCUUGUUUCACAGCUGUAUCCAAAAUGCUAAUUAGUAAUACUAGUGGAUUUUCCAUUGAUCUCAUUCAACGUGAUUCUCCAUUCUCCCACAUUAGCAUUCCCUCGACCACUGAUUUCGACCGCCUUCACAACGCUUUCCGCCGCUCUUUCUCCCGCCUCGGCCACUACCAAUCAACCUUACUCGCACAAAAAACUGUGAUCCAAUCAAGGAUCAUUCCCAGCGAGGGCGAGUACCUCAUGAACAUUUCCAUCGGAACUCCGCCUGUCCAACUUAUCGGCAUAGCAGACACCGGCAGCGACCUUAUAUGGACGCAGUGCAAGCCAUGCACGGAGUGCUUCAAGCAAACCCCAACCCUUUUCGACCCAGACAAGUCCUCCACGUACCACAACAUUCCAUGCGCCGCCAAACCCUGCACUGAGCUGUACCAAGCAACUUGCAGUUCGGAGCACGACACGUGCGAGUACAGCUAUUCCUAUGGAGACCGUUCCUACACGAAGGGCAAUCUCGCUGCUGAAACCUUUACCGUUGGCGAGACUUCACUCCCAAAAGUUGUUUUCGGCUGUGGCCACGACAAUGGCGGCACUUUCGACGAGUCGGGUUCUGGCUUGAUCGGUCUCGGAGGAGGGUCCCUUUCGUUAGUUUCUCAAUUGGGUAAGACAAUUGGUGGUAAGUUCUCUUACUGUUUAGUGCCCUUAUCUGCUGAAUCUUACGUCACAAGCAAGAUCAGUUUUGGCAGUGCCGCUGUUGUAUCCGGUUCCGGUGUCGUUUCCACGCCUUUAGUCUCAAACAAAGACCCUAAAACUUACUACUACCUCACUUUGGAAGCCAUUAGCGUUGGAAAAAAGAGAUUGGUCUACGAUACUACUAAUUAUAAUACAUCGACGUCGUCCAAGGCCGGCGUGGCAGCGAAUGAGGGCAACAUCAUAAUCGAUUCCGGGACGACGCUGACUUUUCUUCCGGCCGGAUUCUACGACGAUUUGGUGUCAGUUCUAGAGAAAGCCAUUGACGCCGAGAAGGUGAGUGACCCGCAGGGAGUGUUGAGUCUGUGUUUCAGAUCAGACAGUAGUAUUAGUGUUCCUACUAUCAAAGCUCAUUUUACAGGAGCCGACGUCGUUUUGAAUCCGCUUAACACGUUCGCAAAGGUUGAGGAUGAUAUGUUCUGCUUCACCAUGGCGCCUUCUACGGAUUUUGCCAUUUUUGGCAACUUAGCUCAAAUGAACUUUUUGGUUGGCUAUGACAUUGAUGGUGGAACGGUGUCGUUUAAGCCAACUGAUUGCAGCAGAAUGACUAUUUGA